CUUUUCAAAUGUUCACCUUUUAGUCGUUGUUUUAUAUCGCAGUCAUGGAAUUCAUUGAUUGAAACUUUUGGGUUCGUUCUUUGAGAAGUCCUGUGACAAGACACUAGCCAGGACGGAGAGCUCAUAGAUAAUGUAUAUAUAAAACUAGAUGUCUAAUACGCGCUGUGAGCCGGUGGGGAUGAGCAUGGUCACCUGUCGGCCAUUUUACGUCGGGGCAGUAGCAACCGUGUGUGUUGAAAUAACUUAAAAUUUGGCAAUCUGCUUGGUUGACUUAAACAUCAGAAGUGCAGUAAAUUAACUAAAAGUAUAUCCGAAUCAUUUUUACUGAAUAACUCUUAGUUAUAAACCACAGUUUUGUAAAUCAGUGAAGAAAUCAACGAGUUUACAGCAUUUUUCGUUGAGAAUAUCACCCCUUUCACGUCCGCUCCACAAGUUAGCUCCGACGUAACAUGGCCGCCAGGUUAUUACGCCGCCGAUUCCGCCUUUAGACAUCUUGCCAUAUAUUCGUGAUCUAUGAGCAAGCUAAUACAGUGGUUUGUUAGCUUUGAGAACAACAUUUACGUGAAGAGUCAAACAGACAAAAAGCGUCGAUGACCAUCUUCAAUCCAUUGAUAAGAUGUAUCCGCCAACCAGAAAGGAUUUCAUCUCUCUAAGCCUGACUGACCCAAACUGCUACAUUUACAACAACGGGAAACAUCGCAAACAGUCGUGCUGGAGGAAAUGGAAGCAGCUGUCUCGGCUCCAGCGAAGCCUUAUCCUCUUCCUACUUGCUCUCUCACUAGUCUUGGCACUACUGUCUUAUUCCCGCAUAUCAAAGCCAAGGACAGGUUUGUCAGAAACUGAAGAAUGGCUGCAAAUGAAUGGUGGCAGGUUAAAGCCUCCAUUUCCUGAUGUAAAUCUUAAACCAGUUGUCAAUCCCGAUUCCGUGACUGACAUGAAAGGAAUAAAUGUCCCAGUUUUUCAAAAACCUCCUAUAAAUAAAAAAUUUCCAAACAAGAGAGGGCCACCAAGCCUUCAGAAAAAUUUGAAUGUUUCAAAUCUCGUCGGAAAACAAGAUCAACCACGAGAUGAAGAGGCGGAAAAUGGGGAAAAGCAAAAAACGUUAGUCAGUUGGCGAGGAGCAAUGAUUGAAGCUGAUCAAAUCACUGAGCCUCCACCUUCAGCCAAUGAGAAGGUUGCUGCGGCCAUCCCUGCACCAGUGGUUCGAGUUGAUGCUGUCCCAGGCAAUGCUUCAACUGGAACUGUGAACAGGCUUGAGGCUGUGCGAGAUGCCUUCAGACAUGCAUGGAAGGGUUACAAGGACAACGCUUGGGGUCACGAUGAGCUAAAGCCUAUUUCAAAGUCUUUUAGCGAGUGGUUUGGUCUGGGUUUGACCCUCAUUGAUUCCCUCGACACAAUGUGGAUCAUGAACCUGAAAGAAGAGUUCGCAGAGGCCAAGCAAUGGAUAGAAAAGGAGCUCUCCUUCAACCAAAAUGUGGACGUGAAUCUUUUCGAGACAACCAUACGUGUCCUGGGUGGUCUUUUGAGUACCUACCAUCUAACUGGAGACCAGCUGUUCUUGAAUAAAGCUAAAGACCUCGGGUCCCGGUUGAUGCCUGCCUUCAAAACACCCUCUAAGAUUCCUUUCUCUGACGUAAAUAUCGGUAAGGGAACAGCUCACCCGCCAAGAUGGACGUCUGACAGUUCCAUGGCUGAGGUCACAAGCAUUCAGCUGGAAUUUAGAGAGCUCAGCCGCCUCACUCAGGAACCACAGUUCAAGGAAGCUGUAGACGAGGUGAUGAAGCAGGUCCACAACCUUCCGGGCAAGCACGAUGGUCUGAUACCAAUGUUCAUCAACACAAACAGCGGCCAGUUCUCUCAUAGAGGCAUCUAUACCCUGGGCGCCAGAGCAGACAGUUACUAUGAAUACCUGCUCAAGCAAUGGCUUCAGGGCGGCAAGACCGAAGACGAAUUGUUGGAGGACUACGUUGAAGCAAUCAAUGGAGUGAAAAAGCACCUUGUGAGGCAGACGGGGCCACGCAAAUUGACCUUUGUUGGAGAGCUGUCCCAUAAUCGCUUCAACCCUAAAAUGGACCACCUGGUGUGCUUCCUGCCAGGAACUCUGGCAUUGGGAGCACACAAUGACAUUCCAGGGGACCACAUGGAUUUAGCUGCACAGUUGAUGGAGACGUGUCAUCAAAUGUACAUACAGAUGGAAACAGGGCUAAGCCCUGAGAUAGCACACUUUAACCUGCACGCCACUGACAGUAACGACAUUAUUGUUAAGUCUGCAGACCGACAUAACCUGCUAAGGCCGGAGACUGUUGAAAGUCUUUUCUACAUGUAUAGGUUCACAAAAGACCCCAAAUACAGAGAGUGGGGAUGGGAAAUUCUGCAGAGUUUCAACAAGUAUACAAAGGUUGCCGAUGGGGGCUACACGUCGAUCAACAACGUCCGUGACCCUGAGAACCCGGAGCCUAGAGACAAGAUGGAGAGUUUCUUCCUCGGCGAGACAUUGAAGUACUUCUACUUGCUCUUCUCUGACGACACUGAGCUUCUCAGUCUGGAUAAAUAUGUCUUCAACACUGAGGCUCACCCACUCCCCAUCUGGCCAUCUCCACCCAAGUGAUGUCACCAUGCAGGAGAAGUGUGCUUAGAUCAUGCUGUGGGUUCCUUAUAAGACUUGUAGCUGUUCCAUAAAGGACUGGAUUACUGUGAAGGCCGGUGACCCAGGUCAGUGCAGGCCACCUGUACUUUGGUACAUUUUCCUUGUGGAGGAAUUUCUGUUUAAAUGUUUCCUAAGGAAAAAAGGGUUGAGCUGGUCUCUGCUGUGAAUAAGAAGGUUAAAAAUUGGAACUGAGGCUUGUCAUGACGUGGGAGGCAGGAAUGAACAAUUGUUUGAUAAGCAUUUUUGACAAUAAGAACUUUUGUGAAGUUUUUUUUUUUUUUUUUUUAAAUUCAGAACCUUUUCAUUUUGAAGGUUCAGGUAUCAGAAUGUCCAAUGCUAGCCAUGUCACUCAUACAGGCAUAUUCUUGGCAUAAAGUAAAAUAAAUUACUGCACUGUGUUCAAGGGUACCACACCACUGCAGGCUUUCGAAAGGUUUGCAAGACCACUUUGUUAAUUAUGUAAUAUUGGAAUGGCACCAAGAUUAGAUGCCAAAGAGCUGAGAAGUCCCACGAGGCUUUCAGACUUGGAGAACUGCAAACGGUAAAAGAUGACCUUCAAUUUCACAUGUUUUGUGAAGACAAAGAAUGUAAGUGUUGGGAUCAUUGCUGUUGGACUUUCAAGCGGUGAGUUGUAGCUCUUUUGCAGUUCUAUCUAGCAGUCUGCUCAUUUCGCCUAUGAAUCCAGAAGAACGUUGAGUUUAUCCAUCUCUACUCUAGAUCAUCACCAAGGAAUAUCAGGGCCUCACUGUACAGAAACAAGAUGGGAUUUUACUGUAUGUGAUUAUUUAAGUCGCCCAAUUCCCAUGUACAUAUUCCUCGUGUUGUCUUUUUUGGGGGGGUUCUCUGAUUACAAAAAUGGUUGAGAGAACCCAGCAAACCAAAACAUGAGCUGUAAAACUAAAGUGAAACUUGACAAGAUCCACAAAAGUCCACAAAAAGCAGGUUUGUAUCCUUACAAUGUGACUUGAUUCACAUUUAAUUUAAUUUUUUUUUUUUUUUUUUUUUAAUUUCACUUCUUACAAAAGUGUUUGCCAAGGUGGAGGCCAGGACUAGUUGAGGUCCCAUAACAAAAAUUUAAGGACCUUCUAUUGUGCAAGGCACAUUAAUAUACACUGAUGGCCAGAAGUAUUGGCAGCCCUGCAAUUCUGUCAGAUAGUACUCAAUUUCUCCUAGAAAAUGAUUGCAAUUACAAAUGCUUUGGUAGUAAUAUCUUCAUAGAUUUUGCUUGCAAUGAAAAAGCACAAGAGUGAAUUUUUAAAAAAUUAAAUAGUUAUCAUUUUACACAAAACUUAAAAAUGGGCCGGAGAAAAGUAUUGGCACCCUUAGCCUAAUACUUGGUAGCACAACCUUUAGACAAAAUAACUGUGAACAACCGCUUCUGGUAUCCAUCAAUGAGUUUCUUACAAGGCUCUGCUGAAAUUUUAGACCAUUCUUCUUUGGCCAACUAAUCCAGGUCUCUGAGAUUUGAAGGGUGCCAUUUUCAGAUCUGUCCACAGAUGUUCUAUGAGAUUCAGGUCUGGACUCAUUGCUGGCCACUUUAGAAGUCUCCAGUGCAUUCUAUCAAACCAUUUUUUAGUGCUUUUUGAAGUGUGUUUUGGGUCAUUGUCCUACUGGAAGACCAACAACCUCUGAGGAAGGCCCAGCUUUAUCACACUGAGCCCUACAUUAUGCUGCAAAAAUUUGUUGGUAGUCUUCACACUUCAUAAUGCCUUGCACACGGUGAAGCAGUCCAGUGCCAGAGGUAGCAAAGCAACCCCAAAACAUCAGGGAACCUCCACCAUGUUUGGCUGUGGGGACCAUGUUCUUUUCUUUGAAGGCUUUGUGUUUUUUUCCUGUAAACUAUGUUGUUGCCUUUUCCAAAAAAGCUCUAGUUUUAUCUCAUCUGACCAGGGGAAAUUCUUCCAAAACGUUUUUGGAACUCCAGUCUGGCUUUUUAAUGUCUCUGGGUCACAAGUGGGGUCUUCCUGGGUAUCCUACCAUAGUCCCUUUUCAUUCAGACGCCGACAGAUAGUAUGGGUUGACACUGUUGUGCUCUCGGUCUGCAGGACAGCUUGAACUUGUUUGGAAGUUAGUCGAGGUUCUUCAUCCACCAUCCGCACAAUCUUUGGUUGAAAUCUCUCGUCAAUUUUUCUUUUCCGCCCACAUCUAGGGAGGUUAGCCAAAGUGCCAUGGGCUUUACACUUAUUGAUGACUCUGCGCACGGGUGACACAGAAAUGUUCAGGUCUUUGGAGAUGGACUUGUAGCCUUAAGAUUGCCCAUGCUUCCUCAGAAUUUUGCUUUUCAAGUCCUCAACGGUCUUUGGUGGUCUUUUCUCCAUGCUCAAUGUGGUACACACAAGGACACAGGACAGAGGUUGAGUCAACUUUAAUCCAUUUUAACUGGCAGCAAGUGUGAUUUAGGUGCUGCCACCACCUGUUAUGUGCCACAGGUAAGUAACAGGUGCUGUUAAUUACACAAACUAGAGAAGCAUCACAUGAUAUUUCAAAGGGUGCCAAACCUUUUGUCUGGCCCUUUUUUGGAGUUUUCUGUAAAAGGAUAAUGAUUAAAAAAAUUUUUUCCUCAUUCCCUUUUGUGUUUUUUCAUUGCAAGCAAAAUAAAUGAUGAUAUUACUCCCAAAGCAUUUGUAAUUGCAAUCAUUUUCUGGGAGAAAUUGAGCAUUAUCUGACAGAAUUGCAGGGGUGCCAAUACUUUUGGCCAGCAGUGUAGGAACAAAAGUUGUUCCCAGGGAGAAUUAAACCGUCCAAAAUGUGCUGAAAUGACAAUUCCGUAACUAACGAGAGGGCCUCCGUAUACUUUUCAAAAAUUAAUUUUUGUAUUGUUCCUGUGGGGGAAAAAAAGACAAUUUACAGGUACAAUAUUUGACAGUGAUACCACAGUGGUGCCUUGAGAUGCGAGUUUAUUCCAUUCCAUGACCAUGCUUCCUAACUGAACACUUGUAUAACAUCAUAUUUUUCCAAUUGAAUUCGCCCUUUUGUUAUUUCUCAUUGCCAGCCAAUUACGGUGAUAGAUGUCCAAUCCAUUUAAACUUUAAGGGCUGGUGCUGGUAAUGAGUUAAUUCAGACGUACAAAAUUUUAAUAUAUGGAGAUGUUCUCUGCUCUGAGUGAGGCAGGAAUAUUUAGCAUUCUCCGAGGAUAAAGAAUGUACUACAAAUGUUAGCAUUGUGAUAUAUGUGCUUUCGCUGUGACCAAGCCUGCACUUUUAGUUUUCGCUCAAGUUAAAAGAAAAAAAAAGGUCAAGUCACUCAUGUCUCAAGGCACCUUAAUAAACAUCACAAAAGCUCGUACCAUUGAUGAAUGUAGAUGUGCGUUUUUUCAUUUUGUACUUGGUCACGUACUGUUUUGGCAUUGUGCAUUCACUAUGGUUCACUUUAAUUUUCGUGAGGUAACAUUAGGUUGUUUUACGGUAGUUCACACACUACAGGGCUGCAUUUAAAUACUAAUUUCAGCUGAGAGGGAUAGUUAUCAGCCAAUCAAAAGCCAGAGGAUUUCGAUUAUCAAAGAAUAUUCUACGUCAGUGGCGAGGCACCUGCACUUGUAUUUUAAUAUGUUGACCCUCAGUAAUAGCUUAUGUUCUUGCUCACAUUAUUUUCUUCUCUCCUCCAAAAAUUCUAAAAGCUUCUCUUUUGAUCCUAGGUGCUUGCCUUUGCCCAAGCAAUUAUGAAAGCUUUGUGACCGUACUUGUGGCCUCACAUUAUGCAUACUGACUUGUUGCGUCACCAAUACAAGCAUGAUGUCCCAGAAGGCCUAGGCCAAUGUGACUUCCUAGAAAAUCCUGAUUGUUUUGCCAAAAAAGCACCUUUUAUGACUAAUAAUCAUUAGAAUAGAAAGCAUAUGGCGGAAAACACUCAGGUGACUUGAAGUUCCGCUGGGAGACCCCGAUUUAGCCAAAUUUCAAAAUUGUCCUAUAUGCAUGUGUGAUACAUCAUUGGAAAGCUUAAAAUUUUCUGGGGGAAGAAAAACUUUGAACAGGGCAUUUAAAAAAAAUUUUUUUUUUUUCAACAGCAAAACCCUAACUGGAGGUGAGAGCACGAGAGAGCAGAAUUAAAGACGCCAUGAUUUUAACGAGAUAUUAUUGCGUACUUACAUGCUACAUGGAGUUUUUAGAUCGAAACAAGGUAUCAUUGAGUGUCAAGACACAGAUGUGAAUGGCCACAGCCAGAUUUUUGGGGGAUUUUAUAGGUGAAACAUGGUAAUAUAACAAGGGUUGCGAUGCAAAAAUCGCAGACAUCAAGGAGUGGUCGAUAUUUUCUUUUUCUUAUGUAUACCCUUUUAAACUUUUUUUUUUUUUUUUUCAAUUUUUCUUUGUUUGGAUCGAUUAUCAUCUAACAUCGGGGAAAAUGCGACAGUGACAAAAAAAAUGAAAUGAAGCCAUAAUUAUGAGGUAGAUAUCCGUGACGUAUUUACAGACACGAUUUUUUUCAUUGUGACGUAAUUUGGUUAAAAGUUUAAAAUAUGCGAGUGAAUAUUUUUCUAAAGUCGUUUUUUUUUUUUUUUUUUUUUAAAUUAGAUAUUAGACAUCAAUUAAUGGUUCCAAGCUAAAAAUGACAGACAUUUUGAAUAAGUAAUAUAAUUACUUACCUUCUUUUUAUGGCUAGGUUGAAACAAAAGCAGUUGCGCGAUGUCUGUAAACGGAGGUUACCAGGGUAAAACGGACAAAUUAAAAAUAGUUUGGGGGCUUCAUGUGCCACGAAUCUGCUAUUGCAGCAUAUAGACAUAUUGUUCUAUCAAACACAACAGUUCUUUUGGCCUAAAAUACAGCAGUUUAUUUUAAAGAGGGGUGCAAGAGCAGAAACUGCUUUUUCAGUCUUGUCUGUGUUUUCCGCCAUAUACUAGAAAAUUAAUUUUUCUCAGUGAGACUCGGUAACAAAUGGUUCGUGGACCAGUAAUUGGGCUGUGGACCGGUGAGUGUGAACCUUAUUCAACAAGACAUGAUGAUUUUAUUGUCAAUGUCAUAAAUUCCCUUCAGAGGCGCAGUAUUUGGCUGAUAUUUAAAAUUUUCGGUGAUAUUUAUUUAGGAGGAAAGCCUCUACUAGUAUACAAGUGAGUACUCCUGAUCCCUUUUUUUUUUUUUGGUAAUGUGGAUGAGAUGUUCCACAAGGAAAUAUGAGUCGGUUUUAAUGUAACAUUUGUUUGUUUUUUGUUUUUCCCCCCUUCUUAAAGAACUAACUGUUGUUUCUGUAAUUAUGUGGGGCAGCGUGAACAAAAGGAAAAUGUGAAAUCUAACAUUUCCGGAUAUGUGCCUCUCAACACACACUGACUGUGAUUCUCCCUUUUUUUGUGAGUGUGUGCAGGAGUUUAGUUUACUGUACAGUGAUCCCUUGUUUUUUCGCGGUUAAUUGGGACCUCGAAAAUCUGCGAAGUAGAUUUUAAAAAAUAUUUAAAAUUGGGAAUGUGUGUUCAAUGUAUUUAUUCAGGUUUAACAGCAUUGGAAAGAUACAUAUAAGCUGUUUUUCCUUUUUUUUCCCCCUUUUUUUUCCCCUUUUUUUUUUUUUUUUUUUAUAUUUUAAAUGUUUACAUUUUAAAGGGAACCACGGAUAGAAAAACGUAAUUCUUAAAAGAUAAAUGUUAGUAUGAGUUAUAAUAAUUUGAUAUUAGAACCCCUCUUAAUGUUUUCGUUUUAAUAAAACGUUUCAUAAAAUGUUGUUGAUGACGCAAUGCACUCUGGGCGGCGACGUCACUGGGUGGCGCUGCCUAGCUACCACAGUGUCACUCUUUAGCUACAUAAACAUUAGCGGUGCAACGGUUUGCGGUUCAAAGCCGAACCGUACAGUUCGCCCUGUACGGUUCAAUACGCCUCUAUGAACCGCGCCUUUUCAGUUUUGCAAUUAAUGUAUUCCGAACGCUUGUGGAAUGAAUUGCUCGAGCUCUGUGUGCCUGUGUGUGACGUGAAGCACCGCCGUGGAGAAAUUCCUGCCCCGCAAGUACAGUGGGGAGAACAAGUAUUUGAUACACAGUCAAUGGGAAAACCCAUUGGCAGUGUAUCAAAUACUUGUUCUCCCCACUGUAAAUGUCGGAUUGCUGUCAAGCAGCUGUGUAAUAGAAGCAGAGAAACGCCCUCUCUCGCUUAUGAGUGAAGUGAAAGUGAAACAAAGAAAACAAAAUGCUAUGGCGAGCGGAGGAGUGGAGAGACCGAAUUUUGAGGAAGCACCGGCCUCUUUCAAAUCUACGGUGUGGCAACAUUUCGGUUUCCCCGUGGACUACAAUGUGGAGGGAGAGAAAAUACUGGGAAAAAAAAUAAAUAAAACAAUUUUUCAAGCAUUGCUCAGCGCUUGUUCCCUAUGCUAAUGGCAACACUUAUAACAUGACUCCGGCAUCUCGGCCGGCUGGCAUCACCCACAGAUAUCACUUUCUCAGAGCAGGACUACCCCGAAGAGGACACCAGUGAAAACACACGGCGGGCUUCGUUAAUUUAUUUGCAACGCUUGACCCGCGUUACAUUGUUCCCUCGUGGACAUAUUUCUCCAUUAACAUAAUCCCCGACAUUUAUGAAAUGGCACGCAAAGCCAUCGAAGAUGAUUUCGCUAAAGCACAUAGUUUCACCCUGACCACUGAUAGACGUCCCAUGCUACGGAGUGCUACUACCUAACUGUGAUGGUCCACUUUAAUUCAUACCUGUCAAGUUGUACGGUCUCGUCGUAAUUUGUAUAAGUGAGCACUGAUUUUUAAAUGCGUACGCCGUACGUUACGUUCAAAAUCUGCACGUUUUUCGUGCAUUACGUUUUUUUUUUUUUUUUUUCAUCCGUUCAGAUUUUCUCACCGUUUCUGCAACGAGACAAUGUUCGUUAAUACGUUGAUUGAAUGACGCGACAAAAGUCAGACACGGAGAGGAAAGAGUGUUUGUUGAGACGCUGUAGCAAACGCGAUGGUAGGCUAGGUGGCUCCAAUAUUUCCUGGCUGUAGCCGACAGCAUACAAUCUACGCCUAGAUAUCUCAUGCAUAUAGAACUACAUGCGAAAUGACACUCGGUAGCGUUAGUAAACAGCCGCCAUUUUAGAGCAGUAAACUUCUCAGAAAGGCUCAGUUGUAGUAAACCUUCCGAGCGAACCUAAGCAACUUUUUUUCUAAAAUACUCCUAAAUUGACAAAAUCUUGACUUGAGUGUAUCUUUAAAGGAUGAAACAGUUUUAAAAUGUUCACAUGUCGAAAGUAGACAGAAGGGAACUAAUGCAAAAACGGGAGCAAUUUUUAUCAACUUUAACGGUUGAUUCACAACAUUAAAUGACCUCCAAACAUAGCAAAGGUUACUAUGUUUUUGGGUUUGUUUGUUUUUU